UCAUUGGCUUAAGAGACUCAGGUAUGGUGACGGUUGCACAGCUGGAAGUGUGCAGAGAGAGGGAGGCUGGCAGGCUGUCUGGUUGGGUUGGUUUCAUUAGUAACGGGUCCCCUGGUGUACAGACAGCACAACAGCAGACGAGACGUUUAGACCUUGGGCGUGCUCAGGGACGAACUACGAGGCAAAAAGCGAAGUAAGGUUACACAAUACUGGUCCGUUAAAAAGAAGCAGCAUGUUCACUUGGGUAAAUAAGGAGCAGGGAGGAAGAAACAAGGACGGCGAUAUGUUUCAAACAGUGACGGAGGGACUUCAAAGUCUCUAUUCCAAAAAACUGCUGCCUUUAGAAGAAGCCUACUUUUUCCAUGACUUCCACUCGCCGGCGCUGGAAGAAGCGGAUUUUCAGAGCAAGCCGAUGGUGCUUCUGGUUGGGCAGUACUCCACAGGGAAGACUACUUUCAUAAGGUAUCUCCUGGAGCAGGAUUUUCCUGGUAUGCGGAUUGGGCCAGAGCCCACUACAGAUGGAUUCAUCGCUGUUAUGUAUGGGGAGAAUGAGGGGGUUGUACCUGGCAAUGCCCUGGUUGUGGACCCCAAGAAACCAUUUCGUAAACUCAAUGCCUUUGGAAAUGCUUUCCUGAACAGGUUCAUCUGCUCUCAGAUGCCCAACCAAGUCCUGCAGAGCAUUAGCAUCAUCGACACGCCGGGCAUCUUGUCUGGGGAAAAGCAGCGCAUUAGCAGAGGCUAUGAUUUCUCCGAAGUCCUGCGCUGGUUCGGUGAGCGUGUGGAUCGCAUCAUCCUCCUCUUUGAUGCCCACAAGCUGGACAUCUCUGACGAGUUCUCUGAGGCUAUCAAGGCCUUCCGUGGCCAGGACGACAAGAUCCGCGUAGUCUUGAACAAGGCUGACCAGGUGGACACACAACAGUUAAUGCGAGUCUACGGGGCUCUGAUGUGGUCCCUUGGCAAAGUGAUUAACACCCCAGAGGUGGUGAGGGUCUACCUGGGCUCCUUCUGGGCCAAGCCACUGCAGAACACAGACAACCGUCGGCUGUUUGAGGCCGAGGCACAGGACCUCUUCCGGGACAUCCAGGCCCUGCCACGAAAUGCAGCUCUGCGCAAGCUCAAUGACCUCAUCAAAAGAGCUCGACUCGCCAAGGUGCAUGCUUACAUCAUCAGUUACUUGAAGAAAGAGAUGCCUUCUCUGUUUGGAAAGGAGAAGAAGAAAGAAGAGCUGAUUACCCACCUACCCGAAAUCUACCAGAUCCUGCAGAGGGAGCACCACAUUUCGCCUGGAGAUUUCCCCAACGUCAACAAGAUGCAGGAACAGCUCAUGCACUAUGACUUCAGCAAGUUCCCCUCCCUGAAAAUAAAGCUGAUUGAAUCAGUGGACAAGAUGCUGAGCAACAAGAUCUCAGGGUUGAUGACCCUGAUCCGGGAGGAGGAGGGCAAACUGCCACCUCAAAUGGUGACCGGCGGUGCGUUCGAAGGCUCAGAGGACGGGCCGUUCGGCCAUGGCUACGGCGAGGGCAUUAGCGCUGGGGCUGACACUGAGGACUGGAUUGUGAGCCGUGAUAAGCCGCGCUACGAUGAGAUCUUCUACACCCUCAUGCCUAUCAAUGGCAAGGUGACAGGUGUCAAUGCCAAGAAGGAGAUGAUGAACUCGCGCCUGCCUAACACCGUGCUUGGAAAGAUCUGGAAACUGGCGGACUGUGACAAGGAUGGCAUGCUGGAUGACGAGGAGUUUGCUUUGGCUCAACAUCUCAUUAAGAUCAAGCUGGAGGGUUUCGAGCUGCCCUCAGAGCUGCCUCCACACCUGGUGCCUCCAGCUCAUAGGAAGAACCCCACUGCAGACAUCCUGUACAACCACCAGGAGGACUGAGAAGUUGGUGUGUACACUCCAAACACAGCUGUUCAUAUGUAAAUACCAGCCAGCAGCACUAACUGUUACGAGGUAACCAAAAAUGACAAAUGUGGCUACCAGUGAAUGAAAUGUGCUACCAGCUGACAUAAUUUUGCAUUCUUUAGUGAUGCUAUUUAGGAAUAAAUUGAAGGAACAACUCACCAUUCACUCACAAGUCCAUCAUUUCAUGUGAUUUAUAAUGUUGAAGACAAUUGGAUGGGCUUUACAUUACCAAGGCGUAAAUAUUUAAUGGUGUAAAUAUGGAUAAUUAAUCAGGUUUAGGAGAUUUGAUGUGAAAAAUUAUUAUAAUUUUUGUUUACCACAACAAAUGUUUUAUUAAUGGUAAAAAUAGUAUACAACAGUGCCACAACAAAACCUCCCAGAAUGCUAACUUUACAGGAGAAGGAAAAAAACAUUCUAUACUUUUGAUGUAAGUUAAGGUAACAAUGUUUUUUUUCUAAGUCGAUUAGGACCAGGUGUAUUGGUCCAUUUAUCACACAUUCACACAAAAUAUUAAGAGCAACAGACAGUCUUAUUAAGAAAAAUCCGAAGAAGAUACAAGGUUUUGUUCUGACAGCAACAAUAUGCACAGUAAAUAUCAUACAAAUCCAAAUGUUGUAACCUGUUACUUUGGUAGUUGUCUGCCUGUAGGGGUGGGCAGUAUGAUCAUCAUUAUUGUGAUCAAUUAUGUCAUUAUAUGCUUUUGUGAGCCUAGAGUGGAUACUGUCAGUACUUCUAAAACAGUGAACAGUUACAUUAUGAUCUUGAUACUGUUUUUGUGGGGGUUUUUUGUGGCAAUUUCUGCCUCUUUCAAAUUAUCAUCAGAAAAACAAAAAAUCAUCACAAGCUUUAAUGUAUCAGUAUUGUACAUCAUUAGGCUGUCUUGAGGUUUAAUGCGUCUAGUGAAUAUAGGAAUAUAGGAAAUUUAAUACAAAUGAAAGACUAAUACUAAAAUUAGGCUUUAAUACUUUUAAAGGUUGACAGUCAAUCAGCGUGCACUAACAGCGUGCAGUCAGACUCUAGUUGACAGUUGUUGACUUUACAUUCCCAUGAGAACUGGCACUGUUCUGAAUUAUUUUUUGUGCUUAAUAACUGAUAUAAAUGUUUCAUAAUAUGUGAAAGUGGAUUAUGCAUAAACGCUCUGUUUGUUGUUCUGUUUGUACUUCUUUAUGUGCUUUACAUGGAUGUUGCACGGCGCAUUUGUUUUUAUAACGCUGCAAGUCUUAUGUUAAUGCUGCAUUUGAGACUGAACAUUUCUGUUAUGACAAAAGAUUUAUUAGCUUGUGCACUAUUGUAUAAAUAGAAAAGUAAUUAAAUAACCCCUCUGAGUUUAUAUAAAAAAGAUUUGGUCUUUUUGCUGGCUAGCAGUAUCCUCAGUUUCCUUCACCAUGUGCUGUGUACAGAAGGUCACACUUGAAUUAUGAUUAUGACAUGUACAGUGCUAUGUAAGAUUUUUGGCAAAGCUUCAUGGUCUAUAAAAGGCUCUCAACGUUGUCACAGUAUAGAGUUGCAGCAGGUUUUCUUUCAACUUGUCAUCUGUGAAAGCCUAGACAUGCUACAUUUCCAGUUUUGAUCAUUCAUUCCUUCCAGUGUUAUGUCAUAUCAGACACUAAAUACAUAUUAGUGUGAAGUUUGGACAGUGAUUUCACAGCAUUUCACAGUAGUUAUUUAAAACAGCCAUGUCAGUUUUAUGGAAUAUAUUACUUAUUAUUUGGAAAUGUUGUAUGCCUACUGUAUUUUUGAAAAGAAAUUGCUUUCACAUGCGGAUGCUUUCCUUCAUUAUGUGUUUAUGAUGAGAAGCACUCUGACGACACGGAAUUAAAUGUCGACAAUGAAGGACCUCAUGUAUGUGCUUAAACUGGAACAUUUUUAAUUUUUUAAUGAAAUUUUGAUGAAGUGGGCUCAAUAUUUACAUGAAAAUGUGCUUUAUGUCUUCUUUGUUUAAAUGUGACUUAAUAAUGCAGCAUAUUUCUUCUGAUCAUUAAAUGACUAAAGACUUGUUCCAUG